AUGAUAGCAGAGGAGAUCGUCAGAGAUGUUAAUAAAGGUACCGGUGCGUAUAUGGCAAACCUGCCCGCUGUAGCGUCAGCUUCUGCUUAUGGUGCUUAUCCUACCGCUGCUGUCUUACCUGGUCUGAUGUCAGCCGCUGAUCACUUGACGACAAACUAUGGUGUAGUUCCUACUCCUACUCUGAUAGCCUCUCACAAAACGACGCGCACAGACCGUCUGGAGGUUUGCCGUGAAUUCCAAAGAGGCAAUUGUAAGCGCCCGGAGUCUGAGUGCCGGUUCGCACACCCGCCCGACCACCUGCAAGUGGACGCGAGUGAUGGCGUCGUAACGGUGUGUAUGGAUUUCGUGAAAGGCCGGUGUUGUCGUGAACAGUGCCGAUACUUGCACCCCCCGCCGCACCUGCAGGCACAGCUUAAGGCCGCCCAAAACAGGCCAAACUCUGCUGCUCUGCCGUCCGCAUCGCACGUGUUGGCCGAAGCGGCUGUUCCGUCGUUGGCUGCCUUACCGGCUGGAAAGAAACGAUCGCGAGAUCCCUCAGACGAGUUUGUUAUGUCAUCUGGUGCAGUGGAGACAUUUCCGGGUGUAGUUCCACUGUCCAAAAGACCAGCUCUUGAGAAGAGUGGAGUUCCCGUAUACCAACCCUCGGGAUCAGCCGCCUAUCAACAGGCGCUGGCAAUGCACCAGUCAUUCGUUCCGCUGUCGUUGUUUUUCAAUUGCGAUUAUCCAGUCUAUUAUCCCGUUGCCGGACAUCCACACAGUGUUCAGCGAUUUUAACUAUUGAUGCAAUUUAUUUGAACCCAAUUCUGGUCACUAUAUAAUUGUCUCAUUGUUAAUAACAUUAGCCUCUAUAUUAAGGUCAUUUUGAGCUUAAACCCAUUUUGCGAGAACUCUCUGUCAGUUUAUUUGAUGAUAAAAAUAACUGAAAUUUUGUUUUUAAAAACAAGACGUCUUUUAUUCUGAGGAUCUUAAGAAUAUUAUAUAAUUUUAAUCAUCGAUUCAUUGAUAAAAAACGAUAAACAUUUGUGCAGAAGACAUGGGAAAUGCAUUGG